CACUUACUCAACCGUCAGUAACACUAGUAUUUGCAAGUGCUUUCUGAAGUCAGCUUUACUUUAAAGUUUACGCAAACUUGAACUUACCAACCGCAAAAGGUAGGAGUGACCUACAGGUGUUUAACCGCCACACUUGGAGUUCAAGGCCUUUUCCUCUCAUCAGGCGCCCCUUGACGUAUGCCUGGAUUACGAUGGUUACGUCGUUUAUCUACCUGUGGCGUCAGCAUUGCUCGUUGUUUACUUGUAUCUCGUAUUUUUAAAAGUCGAGUUGCAAAAAAUGUCAUAACCCGUCUUUCCCUAGGAUUAUUUACCAUCUAUUUACUGCUUUUUGAAAUCUACUUGGUAUUGCCUUCGCUAUUUGGUCAUGAAAUUCGUCUCACAUACUUCAUAUUACUGGUUAUUUAUGCAUUUUUCUAUGCAAGCGUUAUAAAAUGCAUUUUUGUAGACCCGAGUAUUCGUGGUCUCUUGCUUUCUUCGAAGUCAAAACCUGAUUGGAGUUAUUGUCUUACAUGCCAAACUGUGCGACCACCUCGUUCUCACCACUGCUUUGAUUGUGGCACAUGUGUUUUGCGACGUGACCAUCACUGUACUAUCAUAGCUCAGUGUAUUGGUCAUGCAAAUUGGCGAUAUUUUUGUAACACUCUAUUCUAUGGUAUGUUAGGCUGUAUAUUUAUGAGUUAUUAUAAUCUACAGCUUAUAUUUCAAUCAGAUUAUUUUCCGUUAACCUGGUCGAUAUACUAUCGUUUGUUAUGUAUAUUAGCACCGCCUGGUUUUAUGUGGUUAACUGGUUAUUUAACAUUUUUACAAAGUUUUAUAUUUUUAACAACAAGUUUAUCCUUUUUUACAGCUUGUCUUUUAUGCGUAUUUAUUAUUUAUCAAUUUAAUAUGAUGUUGUGUAAUCAAACAAUGUUUGAAAGAGCAUUUCAUUCAUUCAGUCGUCAUCAUAAUCACACUAAUAAUAACGAUAGUUCUACUGAUUGUAGUAGUACAGCGGUAAGAACCUAUCAACAACAGAAGGAGAAGGAAGAGAAAGAGAUAUUGAAGACAUUAUCAGCUACAGCUCAACAACAGCAACCGCUACUAGGUAACAAUAACUCGUCGCCUUGUAUGUAUAAUAUCGGUUAUAUAAGUAAUAUAAAACAAUAUUUGGGUGAACGUUGGAUUUUAGCUUUUCUCUGUCCUCUAGUCAAUUCUCCACUGACUACAGAUGGUUUAAGCUAUCCAAUAUCAGAUGGCGUAAAAUUUAAAUGAAGGAGGCACAAUUUUACUUUUUUUGUUUUCUCCCUUGUUUUCUUUUCGUUUUUCUCUUCUUCUUCCUUCUCUUCCUUUGAGCUUGUCUAUGUAUUUUGUUUAUUUUCUUAAAAAUUGUUUGCCAUGCAAUUUCGUCCUUAUAUAUUGACAAACCAGUAUCCUAAUUUGUAAAGAAAAUAUAUACGUAUGUAAGUAAUUACCUAUAUAUAUUUAUUAUAGUGUAAUUAUUAUUAUAUUACUACUGUCUAUUAUACCUUUGUUUGUAAGUUACCAGUGGUAGAGGAAGAAGCAGACAGCUGCGGCGGGGUGAGGUAGGGGUGCAUUUUUUCAAUAUUUCCUUACGUCCCCAAUAGAACAUAGAGAUUCAAGCUAGAGGCUUGAAGUUUCGGUGGCAGUGGUGUUUAUUUCUACGGGAUGGGGUUACUAACCCUACGCCCAACCUCCC